UGCUUUACUUACCUACUUGCACACAUUCGUCAAAUGGCUGGGCAAUCCGAAACUGGCUAUUUGCCCGAGAAACAAUGGUCGGUUGUACAUUUCCUUGCAACUAAUACAGUUGCGUCGGUCCCUAAUAACUGGAUUAAAAAAAUUGAAGAUCAGUUUUAUUGCUAUUGGCCAGAGGGAGAUAAAGACGUAUCAAAAAAGGUAAAAAAGUAUUAUUCGCCCGAUAGUACAUGGCACUUCCUUGAAGUAAGAGUGCUCAAACAGUGUGAUACGUACGACGAAACCAGGAGAUAUGAACGACGUGUGGAAAAUGAAUCUAAUACAGAUAUAGAAAAUGGUAUAAUGAUUUUUUUUUUUUUAAUUUUGACGUCUUAAUUGUUAAGGGUUGUU